AUGUGCACCGUAGCUCCUUUCGUCCUUCCCAGCCUCGUCCGCGCAGACAUGAUGAAGAGGACGACGAUGGCCACGACGCACGCGGAGGUUGCUCCUGCCGCGGUGCGAUGGUGCGACUAUGGUGUGGACGAUGACGCCGACAUCGACGCGUUGCUUCGGGACAUACACGCCGCCGUGCGCCCUCGCGCCCCCGCUGCCGCGGACCUGCCGAUGCCGCCUCAGGAGUUUCUUGCGCAGUCUCGGCGACACAACUAUCACUACAACUACGAGGACAGCGACUUCCAGGCCGUUCUCCACGGUAUUCGGAGCGUUCGGAUCCCAGCCGCCGGCUUUGCUUCGAUGCCGGUGGAUGCUUCUGACGGCUCCCCAAGGACACCAGCAACAGCGGUGGUGCUUGCAGCGCCACUCAGCUACGGCGACGAUGCCACCGAGGCCGAUGUGGUCACCAUCAAGACGUCGCCCAAGAUGAAGCAGCCGCCGCAGUACGACUACGACGCCGACAUCGACGCCACGUUCCGGACCAUGGAGACAGAGGCCAUGGAACGUCCCUCGCCAGACUACCUCAGCCAUCGACAGGGAGGGGAGAUGAUGCUGAUGGACCGCGCCGACCUCAUCGACAAGAUGCAUCGCUUCUCCACACACUACGACCUCGCCCCGGGAGCGUUCCACCGCGCAGUCUCCUUCGUCGACCAGUUCCUGUCGGCCAAGAAGAUCAACCGCGACGAGCGCCAGAUUUGCCUCCUCGGCGCCACAGCCGUCUUCGCGGCGGCCAAGUACGAGGACAGGAACACCGUGCUGAAGAUCAACUCCGACCACGUCGCCAUGUACGCUGGGUGCACCCGAAGCGAGGCUGUCGACCAGGAGCGUGAGCUGGUUGCCGUGCUCGGCUACCGCCUAAGCGGACCCACGGCCUACACGUUCGUCGAGCACUUCAUGAGGCACACCCAGGAGGAGGAGGUGGCUAUACGCUCAAGGAGCUCAGCGACUGCAUACAGGCGAUAUACGACAUGCAUGAGAACCUGUGGGUGCAGCGACGAUGACGGCGACACCACCCCGGCGUGGAGUAGCAACUCGCCCACCAGCGACGUCUCCUCACCGGAGUCGACCGUCAGCAGCGAGAGGGCGCUGGCCUACUACUUCGACGUCGACGGCGUGCUCAGCUUCGACGAGUCCAAGCAUCACUUGAUCCGUGCAAAGACCCGCAUGAAGAAGGCCGAUCAACAUCAUUCUGAACGCAGCUUCGAGUAUUUCAAGACUGUUAGUGGUCCGACAACAAGCCAGGCAAUCUGCAGCUACUCAGGCCAGGCGAGCGAGAAGGCCCACGGAGCCCAACGUGCGAUACGGUGGAAACGAGUGGACAUGCUGAGCGCUUGCAUGCGUGGAAUUGGGCUAUGA